AGCUACGAUAUAACCGGAGGUGUAAGAGUACUCGGUAUUCAGCUUCUUCUUUUUGACAAAUAUUGAUUUCUCUCUGGAUAUCUAACAAUGGCAAAAGAAAAGAUGCUUCCAGCCCAAGAGGCUGCCAAAAUCUACCACACCAAUUAUGUGCGAAACUCCAGAGCCAUCGGCGUCAUGUGGGCAGUUUUCACCUUAUUCUUCGCCAUCAUUACCGUGGUGGUCUUUAUUCAGCCGUAUUGGAUUGGUGACAGUGUUAACACCCCACAGGCUGGAUACUUUGGGCUUUUUCGCUACUGUAUUGGCAACCCAAUCACCUCGGAAUUGGUCUGCAAAGGAAGUGUGUUCGAUUUUGGCUCAAUCCCCUCUGGGGCUUUCAGGACCGCUUUGUUUUUUGUGGGAACUUCAAUGCUGCUGAUUGUGGGCACCAUUGUGUGCUUGGGUCUUUUCUUCUUCUGCAACGCCGCUAGUGUCUACAAGAUCUGCGCUUGGAUGCAAACAUCUUCAGCUGUGUUGAUGGUGAUGGGGUGUAUGAUUUAUCCGGACGGAUGGGACUCUGCGGAGGUAAAACGGAUGUGCGGCGAGCGGACGACCAAGUACAACUUGGGCAACUGCACCAUUCGCUGGGCUUACAUCCUGGGCAUCAUCAGCAUCCUGGAUGCAGGUUUACUAGCGCUGCUGGCCUUCACUCUGGGCAACCGGCAGGACAAACUACUGCCAGAUGACUUUGAGGUGGAGGGAGAAAACAACGCAUGAGGGAAUAAAUAGGAGAUCUGAACUGCAGUGGACACUGAACUGGACAUUCACACAAAAGAAAAAAGAAAGGAUAAAAAUGAUAAGCCUGAAGAUAAACAGCAAAGAUAUUUGCGUUGACAUGCGUACAUUUUUUUGUACAAUUAAACAUGCUUGGCUAUAGCUGGAAAUACACCAAUCACAGUAAAUAAAACGUUUUUCAUUUGUUAAAAACAAGAGCAAAGAAAACAUA